GGAGUCAAAGUAGUAUCUCCGUCUUUCUCACAAUUAACCACCUUUCUAUACGUUUUCAUCAGUUUCAGGCUUUGAACACCAAUAAAGAUUGGGUCUUUACUUUUCAUUCUCAGUCUUCCAAUUCAAUCCCCAUCUGCAUUUUCAGUGGAGAACUUUUCUGGGUCUAGAUCAAGCUCAUUGCAAGCAAAUGCGGGUGAGAUUUUGAUUUUAAAGCUUUUACUGCGUUCAAGUUUUGUUGAGGCGUUUUGAUUUGCUGAACUGGGAUAUUGACUGAUUGUUGAACUGGAUCUCUGUGAACCCUGUACGGGGUUUUGAGUUUCUCUCACUGUUAUGCUUACAUUUCUCGUCAUUAUUGAUUUGUGUUGAGUUUGGGAUGUUGGGUUUGUUUAAAGGAUUUGGAAAGACAUGAACUUUGAGUUAUUUUGUUGGGUUUGGAGCUUGUGUUGGGUUGUAUGUGUUGAUUGAGGAAAAGGGUAUGGGAGCUUUUUGGUUGUUGUAGAGUAUGGUGUAGUCUGUGGAUUGGUUUUAGAGAGAUGAAGAGGCUGAAAGGUGAGCCUCCGGUUACUAGGAGGUUCAAGUUGCAGCAUUUGUUGAUUGGUAUGGCAGCAUUGUACUUGGUUUUCAUAUCCUUUAAGUUUCCCCAGUUUCUUGAGAUAGCGAAGGCGUUGAGUGGUGAUGAUGGUUAUGAUGACAUGGCCAAUGAGGACUCGGAUUUGAGUAAACCGAUGUUUAAUUCUGUUUAUAAGGAUACAUUGCACCGAAAAUUGGAAGAUGACCAACAUCAGGAUGCGCCCGUGAGGCCUAGAAAGGAGCCUUUGGAAGAGAAGAGAAAUGGUUCCAAGACUAUAAAGCCACUUCAGCAUCGAUAUGGUCGGAUAACUGGUGAAAUCAUGAAGCGGAGGAAUAGAACAAAUGAACUCUCGGUGUUUGAGAGGAUGGCAGAUGAGGCUUGGACAUUAGGAUUACGUGCUUGGGAAGAACUGGAUAAACUUGAUGUCAAGGAGACAGGAGAUAGUUCUAUAGUUGAGGGGAAACCCGAGUCAUGCCCUUCAUGGUUAUCCAUGAGUGGGGAAGAAUUGGCAACGGGAGAUAGAUUGAUGUUCCUUCCUUGCGGGCUUGCUGCAGGUUCUUCUAUUACACUGGUGGGAACUUCCCAUAAUGCUCAUCAGGAGUAUGUGCCUCAGCUUGCAAAAUUGAGGAGGAGUAAUGGAAUGGUAAUGGUCUCGCAGUUCAUGGUUGAGUUGCAAGGAUUGAAGUCAGUGGAUGGGGAGGACCCCCCCAAGAUCCUGCACUUGAAUCCACGAUUAAGAGGAGAUUGGAGUCAGCGGCCAGUCAUUGAGCACAACACCUGUUAUAGGAUGCAGUGGGGAUCAGCUCAAAGGUGUGACGGUUCACCAUCCAAGAACAGUGAAGAAAUGCUAGUUGAUGGAUAUGCGCGAUGUGAAAAGUGGAUGGGAAAUGAUAUGGUAGCAGCAAAGGAAUCCAAGACGAAGACUACCUCAUGGUUUAAGCGUUUUAUAGGGCGUGAGCAGAAGCCAGAAGUUACUUGGCCCUUUCCCUUUGUGGAGGGUAGAUUAUUUAUCCUGACAAUACGAGCUGGUGUAGAUGGAUUCCACAUGAGUGUUGGUGGCAGGCAUGUGACGUCAUUUCCAUAUCGGACGGGAUUUACACUUGAAGAUGCAACUGGAUUAGCAAUAAAAGGAGACGUGGAUGUUCAUUCUGUAUAUGUUACCUCGCUUCCUGCUUCUCAUCCAAGUUUCUCACCUCAAAGGGUACUGGAGUUGUCAGAAAAGUGGAAAGCUCAUCCUUUACCUAAGACUCCUAUUCGACUGUUCGUUGGGGUUCUUUCUGCAACAAAUCACUUUGCAGAGCGCAUGGCAGUGAGGAAAACUUGGAUGCAAUCAUCAGCAAUCAAGUCCUCACGCGUAGUAGUCCGUUUCUUUGUCGCGUUGAAUGCAAGGAAGGAAGUCAAUGCAGUGCUGAAGAAAGAGGCUGCUUACUUUGGUGAUAUUGUGAUCUUGCCCUUUAUGGAUCGUUACGAGCUUGUUGUUCUCAAGACCAUUUCUAUUUGUGAAUUUGGGGUUCAGAAUGUGACGGCAGCAUACAUCAUGAAAUGUGAUGAUGAUACAUUUGUUAGAUUGGACACUGUUUUGAAGGAAAUUGAGGGAAUCUCUUCUAAAAAGUCUCUUUAUAUGGGCAAUCUCAACCUCUUGCAUCGCCCUCUCAGAAGUGGGAAAUGGGCUGUAACCUAUGAGGAGUGGCCAGAAGAAGUUUAUCCUCCAUAUGCUAAUGGCCCUGGAUACAUAAUUUCUAUUGAUAUUGCUAAAUUCAUUGCCUCUGAGCAUGGGAAUCGAAGCCUACGGCUUUUUAAGAUGGAAGAUGUGAGCAUGGGAAUGUGGGUUGAGCAAUUUAACAGUUCCAGGGUGGCUGUCCAGUACUCCCAUAACUGGAAAUUUUGUCAGUAUGGGUGUAUGGAGAACUAUUACACAGCGCAUUACCAGUCUCCAAGACAAAUGGUCUGUCUGUGGGACAAGUUGGCUAGGGGUAGAGCUCAAUGCUGCAACUUCAGAUGACAGUGAAGCAACUGUAACACUCUUCACCAUUCUUUACCGCAUCCUCGAUCACACAAAUGCUGAUUUUGUUUUAGUUUGGGUUUCUAGUCCAAGCUCCUAGCAGUGAAUCGUGAAAAAAUGGUUUCGGAAUGAAUCAUCGAAAUAUCUACUGAUUGUCUAGUAAAAGAGGGCUGUCUGAAAAAUUCAGCUUCCAACUCUCAUAUUGUACAUUAUGUUCAUGAUAUUGAGUAAUUAAGAUUUUACAG